AUGGCCACAGAAGAUUUCUUUGAAGGGGCCGAAAAGCUGUUGGAAAUAUGGUUUGGCCGUCAAGAUAAAAAAUUUGAAAACGGAGACUUGAGAAAAAUACCAAGAGAAAAGUAUGAAGACCUCUUAAAAGCUGCUUGUUGUGAAGUUAUCAGUUACACCAGUAAUGACAAGAUUGACGCUUAUGUUCUGAGUGAAAGUAGCAUGUUUGUUACAAAACGAAGAUUCAUAUUGAAGACUUGCGGCACAACAACUCCAAUAGAAUGCAUUAAAGACUUACUGAUCAACGUGCGUGAAUUCACUGGAUUUGAUGAAGUAGAAGAUGUGUUUUAUUCUCGUAAAAACUUUAAACGUCCUGAACUUCAAAAAGAUACAUAUCGCAACUUUAAAUUAGAAAUUGAAUCUUUAGAUAUUAUGUUUAAAGGAACUGGAGUGGCUCGGUGUAUGCGUUCAUCAAAAACAGAUGACUCUUGGUAUUUAUAUGCAUUGCAUCCAGUUGAAUAUUUUGGAAAAGAAAAACAAAAACCUGAUCAAACAUUAGAGAUACUCAUGACAAAUUUGGAUCCUGAUGUCAUGCAAAUAUUCACUAAAGAACAGUCGGCGAAUGCAAGUCAAGCUACUCAGGAUUCUGGAAUAUCGGAAUUGUUGCCUAAUAUGGAAAUUGAUGAUUUCUUGUUUGAACCCUGUGGUUAUUCUAUGAAUGGUAUUGCGAAAGAGGGACAUUACAUGACUAUUCAUAUAACUCCACAACAAGAAUUUUCUUUUGUUAGUUUUGAGACUAAUGUUCCUCAAAGCUCUUACAAGGAACUCAUUUUAAAAGUGCUGAAAACAUUCCAACCAGAAAAAUGUGUGCUUACCAUGUUUACUAACGAGAUAUCCCCGGGUCAUUCAAAUCAUAAGGAAUUUAAAUAUCUAACACAUCUGGGUGAAUGGCAGCAAGACUCAAACAGGACUUGUUCCCUAAAGAACCAUGACCUAACUGUAUCGUUUUACUCCAAAUACCCAAGCUGA